CAGGCCGAAGAUUCCGAAGACGAAGAGAGUUCGAGGAGCGGUCCGAGCAGCGUGAGCGAGGCUCCGGAUGCAGACGAGGCCACCAGACGUCUGCUCCGUCGCAAGGAACAGCUGGAGAACAGGAAGGCCACACUUGAACGACAACGGCAACGUGUACAGGAGAUUCUACGUAGUGAUUCGACCAGUAUGGAAGUGGAAGUGCGGCCCCGUUGGUUAGUCCCGGAUACAAAUUGUUUCAUCGAUCAUCUACCACUGUUGCAAGCCGUGGUCGCUGCGCCGUCUCAGCCGUACACUCUAGCCGUGCCUCUGGUCGUAAUGAGCGAGCUGGAGGGGUUGAAGAAGUGCGGUCGCGUGGGCGGCAUGGCGGGCGCGGCGCUGGCGUGGGUGUGCGCGGGCGGCGGCGCGGCGGGCGUGCGCCUGGCCACGUCGCGCGGCUCGCUGCUCUCGUCCCGCGCCUUCACCGCCGAGCGCGACGCCGACCGCGCGACCAACGACGACCGCGUUCUCUCCACCGCCCUCAACUUGCACGCUAACCUCGUGGCCGCCCAACCACACCCAGACACCGAAACGAAGUCAGAGGAAGGAAACGGUGAUUCAAAGACGAACCGUAGCGUGCGAGAGGUGGUGCUGCUGACGGAUGACCGCAACUUGCGCGUGAAGGCCCUGGCCGCUGAAUUACCCACACGCGACUUGCCUUCGUUCGUACAAUGGGCUGGGUUGAGUGCUGGAAACGAUAAGAAGUCAUUAAGUACGACCGACGAGGCGACAUCGGAGCGCAAAUGAUGUUUAUUAAGAUAAGCUCACGUGAUAUAUAAAAGCUCGUGUUCUCUUUUAUUUCUAGUUGAUACGGAAUAACUAAAUGUGACUUAAAGUUGCGGAGCAUUAGUGCUUAAUUUAAAUAAAUAUUGAUGAAUUAUAUAAAUAUUUUCGGUCAGUGCUUGUUUUUUGCUCGCACUGUACCUUAUCUGUCGCACCUCAACAUAGUAUAGGAAUUGAAUAGUCUAAGCAAAAUCAAAAUACACGAAUACGGUUUGUUGUUUUUUAAUAUUCAUGAAAUCCACUUAAAGCUUUUGGGAUUCGAACCUCGUGCUUCUCCUUUUGUAUUUUAAUAAACUAAUUUAAGUUUUACGUAUUUCGGUUUUUAAGCAAUAAAAAAAUAGUUUUGUUGUGCUAUUACUGUGGUUUUUGUUAAAUAUAAAAAUUUACCGCCGACCGAAUACAUCUGUGUUUAUAUGUUAUUGACUUAAAUUUGUGAAAGAUAAAAUUACAUGGUUAAAAUUAAUUAGUGUUUAUAUGUAUGUUAAAAUGAAACGACUUGACAGUAUGUACGUUAGAGAUGUUCUUUCACGUUAUUGUGUUCGCAUCGAUAUAUUACGUGCCAUUCAUAAUUCCAUCGUUCUUUAUAUCGUUGUAAGCAUAGUUUUUGCAUCUUAAUAUUAUUAUUGAUAUAGUGCAUGUUCUGAAGUGUGCUUCAGGGUAUAUUUUUUUAAUUAGUUUUAUUUCUUUUUUUUUUUUACUUUUGUUUAAGCUUAAUUAUUUUUUCACGAUAGUAAGUAAAAAAUAUAUUUACACACUGAAUUGUUGCUUCGAAGUUUUGAUUGAGACAAAGCUAUGAAUACGUAACGAACUUCAUUGCAGAUUUAGUAAUACCAUUUCUCUUUUAAUCAAUUGUAUUGGAUUAAAAUUUUGCUAUAACAAAUUUACAGUUCUACGAUUUGAUAAAAAAAAAUUCUUUAUUUCAAUAUAUACUAUAUAGUAGAGUUAAAUGUUACUAAAAAUGUAAAAAUAAAAAAACUAAUCAAAAAAUCUCGUACAUAAUUCAAUUGUAACCAAUGGAUUGUUCUGGUUUGUAGAUAAAAGUAUUUUAUAGAUUAUUAAUAUUAUAUAAUUAGAAAAUCGUUAACAAUUUUAUUGUACAAAAAUAUCUACUUUUUCCGAUCAAUUUUCACGUCAUUAUGUUUUUUUUUAAAUCUAAAUCGAGAUGUUUUGAAAAUAAACCAUGAA